AUGCAGGUGACAAACUCGACUGUGUUCUGGCUUUUGCUCCUGGUCUCGGCUAUCACUUCGGGGCUGCUGUACUCCUACUCUACCAAGAUGUUAACCAACAUCAAUUUGGGUGGAAUCAGGACAAUAUCAGUUACCAAUCAUACCACCAACCUUGAAGAACACAACCUUUGGGAAAGAAAGCUCUGCAAUCUCUCACUGGCCCAUACUGUUCAAAAGCACAAUCAUUUCAAGAAUAAAUUUAACUUCAGUGUCCCAGUGCUGCUAUGGGACAGGCUUUUCUCCAGGGAGCUCUGGAACCAACUGGAUCAACGGAAUCCUCCCUAUGGCUGGCAGGGGCUUUCCUAUGAAGUUAUAGUUUCCACCUUGAAACUCCUGAACACCUCAACCAGUGCUCACCUGUUUGAUCCCACCAUGAAACAACAUAAGAGUUGCAUUCGAUGUGCUGUUGUGGGCAAUGGUGGCAUCCUCAAUGGGUCCCGUCAAGGUCAAGAAAUUGAUUCCCAUGACUUCAUUUUCAGGGUCAAUGGGGCUGUCAUCAAAGGCUAUGAGAAAGAUGUGGGCACCAAGACCUCAUUCUAUGGUUUCACUGUGAACACAAUGAAGAACUCUCUGAUUUCUUACAGGAAACUGGGCUUCACUUCAGUGCCCCAAGGCAAAGACUUGCGCUAUAUCUUCAUUCCCUCAAAUGACCGGGACUAUCUCAUGCUAAGGUCAGCCAUUCUAGGUAUGCCUGUCCCUGAAGGCCGUGACAAAGGAGAUCAGAAUGGCCAAGAGCUACUCAAGUGAUGGUUAGCAAGGUUCAGUUUUGAAUAGACCAGACCACAGGCCUAUUUUGGACCAGAAGCCGCUGCAAGUAAAUUCAAGCUGUUACAUCCAGAUUUCAUCAACUACCUGAAAGAGAGUUUUCUGAAAUCCAAAAUCAUCCAAACAAAGAGGGGGCACCUCUAUAUACCUACUACUGGGGCUCUUAUGUUGCUGACAGCUUUGCAUACCUGUGACCAGGUCAGCGCUUACGGGUUUAUCACGAGCAAUUACUUGAAUUUUUCUGAUCAUUAUUAUGAGCACAAGAAGCAGCCUGUGGUGUUUUACAUCAAUCACGACAUGCCCCUGGAAGCCAUCCUAUGGAGGAAUUUGCACAAGGCAGGCAUCAUGCAUCUAUAUCAGCGCUGA